UAGUGUGAGAGCAUGGUUUCGACCGGGACACUUCUCUCUGAAAAAACGAGCGAUUUAAGUGCAUUUUUAAAUUUAUUUACAAUGAAAUUAGUGCCGUGAUUGCAUCAGAAGGUUGACCGUUAGCGUUGCGUGUAUUGAGAGGCUUUAAGCGUUUGAUUUUACCGGUGUCUUCUUUUCCAAAAAUCGUGCGAUAAAAAGUGCAUUUUUUAAGUAAAACUACGAUGAGGUUAUUUCCUUAUCUUGCGGUCAUGGUGCUGUCGGUCGGUGUUGAGUGUUGGUUGCCGCAUUAUGAAGAUGACUCAUCGGAGAUUUCAUCUGAAAUUCUCAAAAAAUUGAAACGACUUUCAGCUGAGAAGCAUCCGCCCUUACCGGAACAGAAACUGCCCAAGGGUGCUCUAAAAAUUAUCCAGGUAUCGAUUCAGGCGUACCCGGGGGAGCAGUCCCCAAUUUCCGGGAACCAAGACAUACCCAGAAUGCCUGCUGGCACUUUUUCAGAGGACCGACUCGUUUUGCCGAAG